AUGGAAGAUUCACAGUCAUCUCGUAUCUUCAUCAAAGGUCUGCCGCCGACCUUCACGGAGGCGGACUUCCGCAAGCAUUUCGCUCGAGAUGGCGAAAUCACAGAUGCGAAGAUAUUUCAGAAUCGUCGCAUAGGAUAUAUCGGCUUCAAAACACCGAAAGGUGCACAACAGGCGGUCAAGUACUUCAACAGGACUUUCAUCCGCAUGUCCAGGAUCAAUGUCGAGAUCGCAAGGCCGCCUCCUCCGCAGACACGAGUCUCAGGCCAAAAUGCUCUGACACCAACGACGAGACGGGAGGAAGCUACAAAUGAUGGCGAGGCUGCUGCCGACAGUAUGCUGAAGCGGAAGCGGGACAGUGAGAGUAAAGUGGAGGAUGAUCCAAAGCUGAAGGAGUUCUUAGAAGUCAUGAAGCUCAAGAGCAAGAAGAAGGCCUGGGAGAGUGAUGCGGCGGGUUUGCCGCAAGCAGCAGUGGAGUCAGUCAAUGCGGAGGAGUGGAAGGGUAUCGAGGAAGGACAGAGCGACGAGGAGUACGAGGUUGUCCCGAAAAAGGCUAAAGUCAAGGCAUCAGUUGUAGAAGCAACAAACCAACAGAAAGGUGCUACAGAAGCCUCAAAAGGACCUGCUGACUUGCAGGAAGAGGCGACUGCGACAGCACAUUCAUCAGAAGACAUAGAGAUGGACGGCAAUGCAACACCUAAUCCGGCAAUCUCGGACUCGGACUGGGCACGAUCGAGGACAAGCAGACUUCUUGGUCUGCUUGAAGAGGAUGACGAGGGCGCAACGCCAGCUGUGGCCCGAGCUGAGACCGACGAGAGUGAGAUCGACGAAGACGUGGAACAGAAGAAAAUGAGCAAAGGUCAAUCGCAGUUGGCAGCGAACGUCGAAGCCGCAAGCUCGUUACCUUCGCCACCUUCGGAUCAGCCUGGAGCUAACAUCUCGGCCGAAGCAGAAGAGAGUACAGAUGUGUCGCAACCCAGCAUGCGGCUCUUCAUCCGCAACUUACCAUACAACGUCACCCGCGAAGAUCUGCAAGCUGAAUUCGAAAGCUUCGGCGAAAUCGAAGAGGUACAUGUCCCACUGGAUGUCAAGACUGGCAUUGCUAAAGGAUUCGCGUAUGUACAGUUCAGCACAGCAGAAGCCGCCGAGAACGCACUGUACGAAAGGGAUGGUCAGACCUUCCAAGGCCGACUUCUACACAUCUUACCUGCUACUGCUAAGCGGGAGAACAAGCUUGACGACUUUGCAUUAUCGAAGCUACCACUCAAGAAGCAACAACAAGUGAAGCGCAAGCGGGAGGCUGAGUCGACGACUUUCAACUGGAAUGCGCUAUACAUGAAUGCGGAUGCUGUGGUAUCAAGCGUAGCUGAGCGCCUUGGCAUUUCAAAGUCAGAAGUGCUCGACCCUACGAGCAGCGAUGCUGCCAUCAAGCAAGCGCACGCUGAGACCCACGUUAUCCAAGAGACGAAGUCUUACUUCAAGCAGCAAGGUGUUGAUCUUGAUGCUUUCAAGAAGAGUCAUCGAGGCGAUACUGCUAUUCUGGUCAAGAAUAUCCCGUACGACUGCAGCAGAGACGAGCUCAGACGGCUGUUCGAGGAGCACGGUGAUGUCAAACGCUUCAUUAUGCCGCCUAGUGGUGUGAUCGCUAUCGUGGAGAUGGCCAACUCUGCACAGUGCAAAUCUGCUUUUGGGGCGCUGGCAUACCGGAAAAUCAAGAGCUCGGUGUUAUUUUUGGAGAAGGCGCCAAAGGGUGUUUUCAACGGAGGCCCCGUCGCAGCUGGAGAAGCUGUACUGGACGGGAUCAACAAGACCUCUGCUUCCGAUUUCAAAGACACCAACGUUGACGCGGUCAUGCCCGACUCUGUAAGCACAGCAACACUUUUCGUUCGCAAUCUCAAUUUCAGCACGACUACGCCCAUCCUCACCAAGACCUUCAAGCCGCUCGCUGGCUUUCUAUCUGCUCGUGUCAAGACUCGCACAGAUCCGAAGAAGCCAGGUCAGAUCCUGAGCAUGGGCUUUGGCUUCUUGGAGUUUGCCUCUUCACACCAAGCUCAGGCAGCACUACAAGCUAUGGACGGCUACCUCCUUGAAGGCCACAAAUUGCAGAUCCGAGCCUCACACAAGGGUGCCGAUGCAGCGGAAGAACGACGCAAAGCCGAUGCAGCGAAGCGACAAGCAGGCAAGAAAACCAAAGUCAUCAUCAAAAACUUGCCGUUCGAAGCCACCAAGAAGGACGUCCGAGCUCUGUUCGGUGCGUAUGGUCAACUACGUUCUAUCCGCGUGCCGAAGAAAAUGGAUCGCGGAGCUCGUGGUUUCGCUUUCGCGGACUUCACUACGCCGAAGGAGGCGGAGAAUGCUAUGGAUGCUUUACGUGACACGCAUCUGCUCGGAAGAAGACUGGUUUUGGACUUUGCGGAAGGCGAUCCCGAGGAUGCAGAGGCAGAAAUUGAGAAGAUGCAGAAGAAGGUGGGCAACCAGGUUAACAAGGUUGCGCUGCAGAAGCUUACUAGUGGCGGGAGGAAGAGGUUUACUGCUGCGCAGGAGGAAGAAGGAGGAUAG